AUGCUGAAACGUAUGAACUUGCCCCGGAAAACCAGGACGGCCACGGGUACUCCUACUCCUGUACCUCUUAUCAUCACUAUCUCUCGCUGUCCGCCGCUACCCCUGGAAAUAUGGACGCAGGUAAUGCGUACACUCGUCCACAGCGAGGACCUGCCAGAACUUUGGGCCGGCUUGCGUCUACUUUCACAUACGCUGAAGGCGGCGCUUGAGGCUGCCUUCGUGGAUGAGCACCUGUCACGGCUACGCGGUUGGUUGUACGUGGGUGAUCCAAAUCCACUGGUUCCGCGACGUUCGUGGGGCGGAAAUGGCAAUGAUAUAAAACGCAUUAUAUCUCUACCCCUGGUACUAUCACGGUUAUCAUCUGACCGGCAGCGUGCGUACUUCGUAUCGCUGCUACACCGGGACGACCCAACUUUAGAAAUGAGCCCGCUAUUCGCCGAAUGUGGCGAUGACACGGUGGUAGCAGAAUGGCUGCGGUCGGCUCACGGGAUCCCGCCACCAGGCGGCCGCGCCACCGAAGCACGGCUGCGAUUGACCAUCGGCCCUGACUGCGAGUGGACGCACUGGAAACACCACGUUAUCGACAGCGAUAGAUUCGUAGUCGAGUCGCAGAAGAUUAUCUUGGAGGAUACUUACGAACGUGAGAGUAAAGGUGAAGGUGGGAACGAGAGAAGAGGGAGAGGGAAGAAGAAAGGGAAGCCGGCGCAUGCGAUUGGACUCGAAGUUGAUCGUACUAGGUGCGAAAUCUCAUUCGAGUGGACUACGUUAAUUAGCUCCUUGUUCGCUAGGCCGCGUAGAACGUUCGGUGAAGCGCUCCGGAGUUAA